AUGGACAUGUUACGUUGCUUUUAUAGACGGGAGUUUGAUUCAGUGCACCGCGUCUACGGUGGAGGAAUCAGGUUAACUCUAGCAAUAGCUUCUAAUUCUCUUUUGAGGUUCUCUUAUACUGAAGCGAUUAGUUUUCUUCAAAAGGCAACCACUAGAACAUUCGAGGCCAAGCCUAAGUGGGGCGUUGCUUUAACCGAGGAGCAUCUCGGUUAUCUAACUGAUGAGAUCUGCAAGGGCUCUGUAAUGAUCAUACAUAGCUACCCGAAAGAGGUUAAACCGUUUUACGUAAGGUUGAAUGAAGAUAAGAAGACUGUGGCAGCGUUUGAUCUGGUCGUACCCAAGGUUGGUGUUGUGAUCAGUGGGAGCCAAAACGAAGAACGGUUUGAGAUUUUGGAUGGGAGGGUCAAGGAAUUUGGAUUGACAACAAAGGAGAAGUACGAGUGGUACUUGGAUUUAAGGAGGCAUGGGACAGUGAGGCAUUCAGGGAUAAGCCUAAAGAUGGAACAUAUGCUUCUCUUUGCAACUGGACUUCCUGAUAUCAAAGAUGCCAUUCCUUUCCAUAGAAGUUGGGGUAAAGCAAACAAUUAAAAGCAGCCUCAAGGUUUUAUGCACAAAAACUCAGUCUCAUUGUUAUUCAAUAUAUCUAACCAUACUUGGUGAAAAAGGGAAUUGUAUCCCAAAGUGUUCAUAAUGAUUAUGGGGAAUUGUAUAUUUUGGAUUGUAAUAUGCAAUAAGAUAUCAAAACCUACAUGAAAAUAAUGUAUAACGUUUCCACACAUACAUUAUAAAAGCUUUGAUAUAUUCCUUAAA